UAUAGCAGUGCCGGACCUGCAAAAGAAAGUACAUUCUCUGAAAUGCAUAUCGAAAAGGUGUUCAUAGCCGCUUGACAGAUUUAUAAUGAAACUCCUGGCCGAUGCAAGAAGCAGUGCUACAGGUUUCUAAACAGAAAAUUUGUUAAUGAACUCGAAGCCGUGAAUCGUAUAUCUACUAAUACUGGCGCCACUGUAUGCUGCUCAGUGCGACAUGGGCGCCAAGUCAACGGUUAGAUGGGCCUCACUGGUGAGGAGACCGAGUUCGAUCGUUCGCCGUCGAGGUUCCAGAUUAACGUGUACCAUGUGGAUUCUGCUGCUCCUAGUCAUCCUGCUUAGUCAGUUACCUGAAUCCAGUCCAUCGCUUAUCGAAGAGCCAUAUUCCAUGAUUACGAAAGGACUAAUAUAUUCUAAGUCAAAAGAUGCAGAAAAAAUUGGAAGUGAAUCUCCAGAUCUCAAUGACGUAGUUAAAGUGCAGUCGACAAAACAAUUUUCACUUUACAACGAUAAUGAAAAUAUAUCUGUGAAAAACAGCUCCACCAAUCUUCUCACUGAAUUCGAUACUGGAUUGUCUGCUGCAGUCGACUCGGAGAGCGUUAAUGGCGUUUUUUUGAAUGGAAGAAAGCUUACAAAAAAUAUUGUUAAAACUUUAAACUACUUAAGUGACAACACUGUCCAAGUCUAUGACUCAGGACCAUUAACAGCCCAGAAAAAUAAAAACUCAAGCGAACAGCUAUCGUAUCUCGAGAACAAUAAAAGCCUUUCGAGAAACAUUUAUCCAUCAAAAAUAUUUUUUGGUACUGCUGAUGCAAAAGAUAAAAGUAGACGAUUAGGAAAAGAAAGUGAAAGUACCAAUCAAAAACUGUCACAAAUUAGGAACUUCAGUUUGUCCGAGCAACAAAAUACACCCAUGAAAAGAAGUCAUCACAACAUGAUCGAUGUUAUAAGAUCUAAUCGUCGUGGUCAGAAAAAUGGUCCUUUUCUGAUUACUGGAUUUUUACCCACUAUUCAUGCCAUCAACGGAAGCACAAGUAAUGUAUUUCACACAACGACAGUUUCUGAAGAAAUAGAUGAAGGCCAACUUAAAGAUAUAUACAAAAGCAUAAAUAAUGUCGAAGAAACUAUAGUAGGUGUGGAGGAAAUUGUAACAUUGACAAAACCAGAACAGAACGAUCACGACGAUCGAGAGAGAUUAAGAGCUACAACAACAUUUCCUGUUACAAAUUAUAGGGUGGAACAUGACAUAAUUGAUUUUGGUUUAAACACCAGAGAGAACGAGAGCCCAUUAAUAACAACCAGUUCCAAUAAGGAACUAAUGUUAUCUUAUCACUUGCAAACUGACUCUUUUUCCCCUGAAACCACUACUUUCAAAAAUGUUGACAGCCAAAAAAAUAAAGCUAGUCAAUUAUUCGAAGCCAUUGAACAGUUAAACCAUUUUGACUCUGUACAAUUUGCAAUAUCUUCAACUGAAAGUCAAUAUCUGUCCAGAAGUGAGGCUGCUCCACGACAAAAGACAACUACCUCGUCGUUAAACGCUGUUGAUAACAUCAAUUCAGAACUAGUACAUGACAAAACAGUGAAAACUAAUAUUAUAAAAACAGCUCCAAAUGAUGCUUUAAAUGGCACUCUGAAUGAUACUAGACCAGUUCGAGCACAUAUUGGGAAAACAAACUCCAGCCUUUCAAAAAUUAUCAGAGCAAUCAUGCCUCUAAAUAUUUUGCAGUCAGUACUCAAUUAUAAAGUUAUUGAAAAGUGUUUUACCAGCAGUAAUAUUACAAAACAUACAUAUCAGUUUAUGUAUGGGGAUGAAAGUAGCAAUCAUACAGCAUCAUUGUCAAACAAUGACAACUCAUCUUCUGAUAAUAUAACUAGUGCCGUAUAUUCUAAGAAAAUGGACAACGUCACUGAUGUAAGAGAAUUUCAUGGAAGUGACUUUCUUUCUGUGAAUACUUCAACAGAAAAUGUGCAAAACUCAAACAGUGGUUUGUCACAAGAACCAAAAACUAUCGAAAACUUUCAGGAGGAGUUAGUAGCAUCUUACGUAAUAAACUCCUCUGUGGGAAUAUCAGAAUCUAUAUUUCUAAAUGUUGAAACAGACUCACCUUCGCCUCUUUCAACUUCAACUAAUUUCGUCACUUUUGAUACAUUAUUUGUGGACAAUGUCAGCAAUUCAUCGGAAGAGACUCUCCAAAAUUAUACCUCAUUGUGGAACAGUUCAAAAACAAUACUGACUUCGAAUACAACAAGAACGUUUAUACCAGUCAAUGCUAGAAAGCAAGUCAGUUCAACUGAAAAUACAAAAUCUUCAUCUACAACACCUGAUCUAACUAAAAUAGCAACAUUUAAAUCAGUCACUUUAACUCAAGAUAAUUCAUCGAAUGUGAUCAGGGUCUUCGGAUUACUAAGAAUCACCAGAGGAAUUCAGUGGACACCAGAACUUACUAAAAAAUACACCGAGGAAUAUAUUCAGUUAUCAUUAAUCCUUAAAGAAUUGAUAAAAGAUGUUUUUAUUCAGUCUUCUCUAGGAAACAGAUUAAUCGAAGUUGAGAUCAACAAACUCAGACAGACUGAAGAUUUAAAUAACAACACUGGACCAGCUGCUGCGAAUUUAAAUAAAACCAUUCUAGUAGAAAUACUGUGGUAG